GCCGCCGCCGCCGCCGUAGUCGUCGUCCACAUCGCCGUGCUCCCCGGCCGCCUCCGCCACUCACCUGCCCGCCGCAGCUAAUUACCUUACCUCACGCUAGCUCAGUCGUAGCUCGGCCGCGGCACUCCGGCCGCUCGCUAUGGGAGGACACGCCGUCGCCGUCGACGUCGCCGCCGCGGCGACCCCCUCGCUCGGCCUCACCGUGCCCAACGCCGCCGCCGACAAUCCACUGCAGGUCACUUUUGCCGCGAAAGACAUGGAACUCACCGAGUGGGAGGGAGACAUCCUCGCCGUCCUGGUGCCAGAGAGCGGCGUGUCCGGGGCCACGCCGCCGAGCUCCACGUUCGCGAACGCCGCCGCGCUGGCGAAGCUCGACGGCCAGCUCGGUGGCCUCCUGUCCGAGGCGUCGGCGGAGGAGGACUUCUCCGGGAAGGCCGGGCAGUUGGUGGCUCUCCGCCUCCCCGCUGCCACUGGGAGCCACGGUUUCAAGAGGGUGUGCCUUGUCGGCGUUGGCAAGGUCGACGCGCCGCGCUCCGCCGCCGCCGCCGCGGCUUGCCGGAGCGCCGGCGAGUCCGUCGCGGCGGCCGCCAGGGCUGCCCAGGCUCACAGCGCCGCCGUUGCUCUCGGCUCGCCGACGCCGGGUUGGGGUCACGGCGAGGAUUUCAGGCCGGAAGCUGCUGCUGCAGUGGCUUCUGUAAUUGUGCUUGGGUUGCAUGAGGACAGCAGAUACAAAUCUGAAUCCAAGAAGGUGCAUCUUGAGCGUGUAGAUUUUAUCGGAUUUGGUGCCGGCGAUGAGGUGGAAAGCAAACUUCAGUACGCAAAUGAUGUUUCUUCAGGUGUGAUCCUCUGCAAAGAGCUUGUGAACUCACCUGCAAAUGUCCUCACCCCUGCUGCACUCGCAGAGGAGGCAUCAAAGAUUGCUUCUACGUACAGCGAUGUGUUGACUGCGACGAUAUUAGAUCAGGGGAAAUGCAGAGAGUUGAAGAUGGGUUCCUACUUGGCAGUUGCUGCAGCCUCUGCAAAUCCUCCUCACUUUAUCCACCUGUGUUACAAACCACCUGGAGGGAAUGUCAAGAGGAAGCUGGCUAUUGUUGGGAAGGGCCUGACCUUCGACAGUGGGGGUUACAACAUUAAGAUUGGAGCAGCCACCAAUAUUGAGCUGAUGAAGAAAGACAUGGGUGGUGCUGCAGCAGUCUUUGGUGCAGCAAAAGCUUUGGGCCAAAUCAAGCCUCCUGGAGUAGAAGUCCAUUUUAUUUCUGCUGCCUGUGAAAAUAUGAUUAGUGGCACAGGCAUGAGGCCUGGUGACAUUGUGACUGCUUCUAAUGGAAAAACUAUUGAGGUAGACAACACUGAUGCAGAGGGAAGGCUUACACUUGCUGAUGCUUUGAUCUAUGCUUGCAAACAGGGUGUUGACAAGAUUCUUGAUCUGGCAACUCUUACUGGUUACUGCAGAAUUGCACUUGGUCCUAGCAUUGCUGGAGUUUUAACACCAAGUGAUGAACUGGCCAAAGAAGUUGCUGCGGCAUAUGAGGCAUCAGGAGAGAAGUUCUGGAGGCUGCCAAUGGAAGAAAGCUAUUGGGAGCAAAUGAAAUCUAGUGUUGCUGAUAUGAUUAACACCGGCAGUCCACUGGGUGGUGCUAUUACUGCUGCACUAUUUCUGAAACAGUUUGUUGAUGAGGAAGUGCAAUGGAUGCACAUUGACAUGGCUGGGCCUGUCUGGAACUACAAGAAGAAAGAAGCCACCGGAUUCGGCGUCUCCACCUUGGUGGAGUGGGUCCUCAUGAACUCAUCUUAGAACGAACUGAUCUCUCCCAUACUUCAAUAAAACAUGGGGAUCUCUUUUUUUUUUCCCUGUACAAUGAGGGUUUUCAUUGUUUCAAUAAUUCUAAGUAUAUUGUGUGGAAUGAUGGAUGGAUAUCGCUCAUAUAUUGUGUGGAAUGAUGAUUUGUUAUGCUUGCAUUUUGAGCUCUAGAAUAUAAUAAUUGCAGGUGAUGUGGCCUGCUAGUAUGUAGAAUAAUAGAUAAUGACACAACAUAUUUGCAUAUUGAGAUUGAGAGGGUAAUAUUGGUGGCAGGAAGGAAGAGAUAGAUGUAGUCAUAUAAUAGUUGGGAGCUAGGACAACUU